AAGUAAGUACUGUAUGACCAGAAAGAACUUUUCUGUGCUACAGACCGUGACAUAAGACUACUAAGAGCGGACUGAUCAAACCUCAGGGUGAAGAAGGCAGGGCGCCAUGCCGGGGUACGCGCCUGAUCUGUUCUUGGACGAUGUCUCCCACUACACUUGUGUUGUGUGCGGGCUUGUUUUGAAACAAGCAUGGCAGACAGACAAGGGUGAUCGGUACUGCAAAACCUGUGAAAGUCAAGAAUAUCCUCAAAGGUUGCGGGCAUACUAUGACAAGGCUACAGACAGGGAGGUACAGGCUCUGCGAGUUCUGUGCACCGAUGACACGUGUCGCUGGUCUGGGCCGCUGAAGGAGUACCAGGACCAUUGUCACAACUGCCAUACACCUCGCCAGCUGUACAACCACUACAUCCAGGGUCUGCAACAGCAGAUCAGCCAAUCGCUACAAGACGUGAAUAACAGGAUCCAACAGUUAUCACGUCAGUCGGAGGCUAGGCCAGCACCUGUGGCUAGAGGAAAUCAUGAGCGGGCUUUGGUACUAGGGGCGCGGGAAGCAUCGCUGGAAGGAAUGCGCAUCCUCACAGUCCUCAAUCGCGAGAUGGAAGAGUGCAGUGGUCGGGUGGAGGCGUUAGAGCAACAGCAUCGCCAAGAAAGGGAGACCUUUAAGACUCUAGAGAAGAAAGUUGAGAGUCUUCAAAGGAUGCUCGUUCAGCAGCAGGUGGCCCUCGCGGAACAAGACCUCCGGAUCCAGACCCUCGAAUUGACCAGCUAUGACGGCAUCCUGACCUGGAAGAUUCCGGAUUUCGCUCACAAGCGCCACGACGCCAUCACGGGGAAGACAGCAAGUUUCUACUCGCCAUGUUUCUUCACCAGCCGUACAGGGUACAAGAUGUGCGCCCGGAUCUACCUGAACGGAGACGGGAUGGGGAAGGGCACUCAUGUCAGCCUGUUCUUCGUCGUCAUGAGGGGUCACUACGAUGGACUUCUACGCUGGCCUUUCAGACAGAAGUUGACCUUCAUGCUCCUGGACCAAAACAAUCACAAGCACGUGACAGACGCGUUCCGUCCUGACCCGACCAGCUCGUCCUUCCAGCGGCCCACCAGUGACAUGAACAUCGCCAGUGGAUGUCCGCUCUUCGUGCCGCUCAGUCAGCUGGACAGUAGCAGCCACGGUUACGUCAGAGGGGACACCAUGUUUCUCAAGAUCAUCGUGGACACUUCGGACCUUUAAGUAUGCAUUCUAAAUGCAAUGAGGUCCAAAGACGGAAUUUCAAUUAAGUUCGAUUAAUUAGGUGCUGUCUGAAAGACCGACCAUCUUGUAUUCCUUAACUGGCAUUUCACUUUCGGUCAGUCCAUGUCCUUGUACUAUUUCGUUAUGAUUUUGAGUUUGACCGCUCUCUUUGGUCCAAUUUGUUUAUACACCCUACCCUUGUCCCAUGUAUGCCCUAUUAACUUACUGUACAUGACUCAAAUACUACAGGAAGGGUUUCUGCACUGUACGGUUGUCUGUUAAAUUCCAUUUCAUCUAUUGGCUGCGGGCACAAAAAGUCACCCCCCUCUCAUGGAUCUAAAUUAUAAUGGAAUCGUCUGUAAACGGCACAGAACAUUGCGUCAGGGAAUUCCCCACCCGGUUCCCCCACAGCUCCGUGCUAUAUGAGCUUAUAAUUCCAGGAGAAAAUCACUCUCCUUUGUGAAUUCGAACAGGCCCAAUCUCUUGGAAGGACGCUAGGAUCUAAAGGUUAGUCUGUCUCCCAUACAGUUGAACUGAUGAUGUUUCAUGCUACACAGAAUAGUAAAUUCACAAUGACCGAUGAAAGAUUGUGUAAUGACAACAUUGGGAUAACAAAGGGAGUUGGUGGUGACUUAAAGCGUGCCUUUUGACUGUAUAUGUUUAUGGCAUACCGCGAGUCUUCUGAGCGACUCUAAUUUCAUACAGAAAUAUGUCGAUUCAGUCGCUCUGAUCUUGUAUGUGUUUAUGGAAAUAUUUAUAUGCGUCUCGGAGCAGUCGCAGAUAGGAGUUGUUGUACAUAUAUUUCUGAACUGUUGUACGGCCCCUCUGCAACCUGACGGCGAUCACGCUGCGACCUCGCUGCGAACUAAAUUGGAUUUGUGUCACUUUUGUUUUCAUAAUUGGAAUAUCACUCAAAAUUUAAACUGUGACUGAAAAAAAGAACAGCAUACAUAGCGAAAAAAGAUUCGUUUUGUACUAUGAAAUUGCAAAGCGUUCGGUCGCAGGUCGGUCGCAGGACGGUCGCGGUGAGGUCUCCGUCCUAAUGGCUUGGAGCUAUAAAGAACCCACGGAAAGAAUCAAGCUUCUUCCUUAGUUACCUGUUGGUGUUACCGCUGCAGGAGGGAAAUGUAAUUUUUCGUAUAAGCUACCAUGGUGGAACUCCAUUUGGGCAUUCAAUCUAUUUACUAGAAGUUAAAGUACCAUGUAUUGAGGGUUCGGGGACCAUAAAUGUAUAUAGUAGUUAACGUUAACCUCCGAGUAGAUCUACUUGGGGCCGGACAAUAUCCAAAAGACUAAACACUAUCUAAUUGACCUCUAAUAGUAUCGAGGCACUGUCUGGAGAUAGCAUAGUUGUAGGCAGAUACGAGUGUUCUGCAACAGUAUGAGAAAAUUGGGACGAACUUGUAACGUAUCGUUUCCAAGGACGGCCAAGCCAACACAGUGUUGUCAUAGGACAACAUGUACCCACAGAUUCAUUCAACAUAGUUGAAUGUAGGGUAGACCAUGGCCAUGUACAGGACACCGGUGUUUCCGUGAAGCACGCUAA